GGUCGAUAUCCCCUGGCCCUGGCUCAAGGAGAGCAAUGGCGUGGAGCAGGGCAGCACACCGGCGCAGCACCGUCAUGCCACUCCUACGCGCCGCGCUCCGCCGCUUCCUCUCCACGGAGUCUUCGGGGUUCCCGAAGCUACGGAAUCUUCCGUACCGACUCCGCCGCGCCGCCGUCCCCGCUGCUCGCACCGCCGUCUCCGACUACCUCAUCUCAACGCGCUGCCUCCCCUCCUCCCACGCCGACUCAAUCACUGCGCUCGCGCCGUGCUCCCUCCACACCUUCCUCGCCGGCAUCCCAGCCGUGCCCAGUACGCUCCCCUCCUCCGACCUCCCCUCCCUCCUCCGCCGCCACCUCUCCUACCAUCCGCUCAACGAGCUUCCCUUCUUCCUCGAGUCCAUCGGCUUGCCCCCCUCCACCGAUUCCGAUCUCAUGUUCCUCACUGACCAUCCGUCCCUCCUCCCCGCCGUUGCCGCGCUCGCGCAUUUCGGCUUCCCGUGGUCCCGCCUCGGCCUGCUAUUCCCCAAUGUCCUCCUCCAAGUCCCUCCCGACCUCAUCUCCGCCCGCCUCGUCGCCCUCGAGGAAAGCCUCCGCCCGCUGCCCCGUGCUGCGAUUAUCGCUGCCUGCCUCUCUUUCCCCUCGCUUAUUGAGAACGAUCUCUCCAGCAGUGCCCCCCUUGUCGAUGAUCUUAUGAUGGCGUAUGGAGGAUUGGGUCCGGAUUUGGGGGCUAGCAAUGACAUUGAUGUCUUCUUGCGAGUGUGCGGCAGGAUGCAGAUGUUCUACGAUGCUGGGGUGAAGAUUGGGAGCAUCGGGGGGCUUGUUGGGUGCAAUCAGAGGGUUUUUCUUGAGCUUAAGGAGGAGCGGAUUGGUGAGAGGUUGAAAUUCUUCAAGAGGCUGGGGCUGGCAGGGGAGGAGGCAGGGAGGUUCUUACUGAGCAAUCCUGGGGUUUUGGAUCUUGAUUUUGAUGAUGUGGUGAUCUCAGUGCCAGAGUACCUGAGGAGAGUUGGGUUGGCAGAUGAUGAGGUCGAUGUGGCGGUGAAGACGCACCCGUAUGUGGUUGGGAGGAACAGACUGGAGAACCUCCCUGGUGUGCUGCGUGCAAUGGGACUGAAUCAUCGUUUCCUGGAGAAGAUUUCUGGUGGUGGUGAGAGCUUGCGGUAUUUAUCACCAGAUUUCGUGUUGGAGGAUACUAGUUAUGAUAUGGAGGUGGAGAGAGCAUUCUCAGACAGAAUGGUUAAGGUGAAGGCGGCGAUGAAUGCACAGCAUGUGGACACCAAGCUUGAGUUCUUGAAGAGCAUUGGGUAUGGUGAGAACAAGAUAGCCGCACACGUACUUCCUGUUCUGCACAGCACUCGGGAAAUGCUGAAUGAGCGAUUUGACUACCUCCUGGAAAGAGGGGUGGAGUACAAGAUGCUGUGUCGGAUCGUGAGUGUGUUCCCAAAGGUGCUGAACCAAGGCAAGGAGAUGCUCAAUGAAAAGUUAAACUACAUGACUCUGGAUCUGGGAUACUCUUUGGAGUAUCUUGAUUGCUUCCCAGCAUUACUGUGCUUUGAUUUGGAGAACCGGGUCAAGCCUAGGUAUGCAAUGCUUCGGUGGCUCCAAAGUUAUGGUCUUCUUAAAAGACCAUUAGCCCCUGCAACUGUGCUUGCUAACUCAGAGAAGAGGUUCAUUUUCAACCUCUACAAUAUGCAUCCUGCAGCGCCAAAGCUGUGGCUCGAGUGCUUCUCUUCAAGAAUACACAUGGAAUAUUACCUCAAGAAUAUACAGUCUCAGCAUCCAGAUAAUGAAUAAUUAGCUAUUGAAUUAUGUUGGCAAGAUUAUCAGAGCCGGAGGUACAGAGGAUUGUCAUCUCCAAUUGUGGCAUGCUUUCCCUCAGAAGGUACCUCUGAGUUGUUAUAUUAUAUCUUCCCAUUGUGCAAAAUUCUUUGCUCAGCGUGUUUUAGCUGUAGACACUGGAUGUAGGAUGAAAUGAAAUAUAUCAAUUCAAUAGCCAACCAUGUAAUUCAAUUUUGCAAAAAUUGUGCUGUACAUUGUAGCUCUGAGACUAGUUACAUUUCCGCCCUGUUUGGCGGUUAUGUAUUUCAAGGAAAGAUAUUCUGUAUUGAUCCGAGGUGAAAGACUAGCACUGAUAAUAAUUAACUUUUUGGUUAUUGAUCGUACCAUCAUCCUCAUAUCAUUGCAUCAUGUUGAACUCAUGUAUAAUUCAUGAUAAGUUCUUCCGAGUGGAUGAUAUUUUCCGGGCUGAUCACUCAGCCAUGGUAUCUUCUCUGGUGACACAAUGGUAAGAACAUACUAUAUUAAACAUAGAUUGCUCGCUUCUGACAGGAAAAAACUUUGAUUUUAUUUGUAUCUCUCUUCUUAAUAGGUGGUGAAUAAAGGGGCUUCGCAGGGCCAUGCAUUUGCGGCCGUUAGAUCUGGAUUAUGGCCAAUGGUUAUCUAUCUAUGAUACAAGAUAGAGUCAAAAGGGACAACAUGGUAUUCUCUGAUACAAGUUCAUGGCACCUUGGAUUGGAUCCAUAUGGCGCAUACCAGGAACAAAAACUUCUUAUGGUGCAAAGAUUCUAGUGGAGGUAUAAAUAUGUAUUUAGCUGCAGAGGUUGGCCACUCAAGGUGAUGCAAGGUUCUCUCUUCCAUUGUGGGGUUAGCUGCCAGUGCUCACUAUUUUUCUCUACCGCAGGUUUGAUUUCACACUUCCACUUCAUGCCCCUGCGUUGUCCACUCUUCCAGACUCAACCAAUGUUGCGCUGCAGCUGGCCUCACUACCGGAUGAUUGUCACACCGCUCAUCUCCCUAGGACAACCUUCCGAGGACUGGUCAUCGCCUCUUACCAUCACAAGAACUAUCCAUUCUUUGAGUGAUUGCAGGUAAUCUACAAUAUUCAUAAAGCUUAAUCGAAAACCAUAGGCGUGAGGGUCACCUUUCGAAUACAUAUUGUGGUCAUUGAAAACUUUCCGUGUAGACUUGGUACUGUUCGCUCUGGUGUUCCAUGGCAGUGUGCAACAUCUAUUGGAUGAUACAAAAUGUGUGUUCCCUGCUCUCUUUUUUCAUAUGUAUCUUCAUUUAUAUAGCAUUUCCUGUGUUUCAAAAUAUUUGGCAGUAUAUUCUGUUAAGUUUUGAAUAAUAAUAUCCUAAAUAAUUUGGAUAAACGAUAGCUUGAUGCGUGCAUGUGUAAUAAACCCAUAUAUUACUUUGAGAAAUGUUUAUACAAUUUAUGCUGCAUUGUUGCCUUCUAAUUUUUAAAUCCUUAGUUUUUUAGCCAGACGGGGAGCAUGGGCGCAGCGGUAAAGCUGUUACCUCCUGCAGGUUCGAGUCCUCGAAACAGCCUCUUGCAUAAAUGUAGGGAAAGGCUGCGUACAAAAGACCCAGAGUGGUCAGACCCUUCCCCCGGACCCUGUGCAAGCGGAGCUACUCAGCAACGUGCUCCAGGCUGCCCCCUUUUUUUAGUUUUUUUAGCCAAAACUUUAGAAAUUUCUCUUGCUAUAUUUUCAUUGUGUUGUUACUAUUACCUAUGUUUAUAUUCUCUUGCUAUCCUUUAUUUCUAAUCUCCAGAUUGACAACCACUAAAAUUUGUACAGAUAGUAAAAGUAGCUGUACACACUUAGGUCUUACUCUGCAAGUAACCGAACAAAUAAGCAUUUGAUUUCUUAACUGAAGAUAUGACUAUUACCAUUUUAAAUGAUUACCGUUUUCUUCCCUUGGUGGUGCUUACGAAAUGGUAACAGCAAAAAACAAGUGACGUGAGGCAGAAAAAAGAAGACAUUCCUGAGUUGAGAUUGCAAGGUUGAGCAUUACAAAUCCCUGCUAUCUGAAUGUGAAGUCAAGACGAAGUCCAAGGUGGAGGAGCUGCAAAAAACUAACAUUCUGCAGGUCAUGGUCUUAUCAAAAUGAGGAGUGAAUUUCGACAACCAGUGCGCCUGCAUGGGCUAGUACUUCUGAUAUUUAUUUAUGGAUUUCCUUGCUCCUUUCUUCUGUAUUGUGAUUGAUACCGGUGGUUUUCUCUAUAUCAGGCCAGAGUUGUUACUACUUAAAGUCCAUGGCUGAUGUAAUUGUUGCGAAGAACACUGUCAGUUCAGCGGUUGUCAUGAACUCAUGAUGCAAACAAUCGGCUGUUGUUACAUAACUGGCGUGUCUCAGUGGAUGCAAAAUACCAUAUUGGUGACAUGUGAUAAACGUAUGCUUUCCAUAAUGAUAAUGGAGUGAGGAAGAUAUGCGUCGUGUCUUUCGAAACCCACUCCACCUUCUUUUGGCCUGAUAGUUGGAUCUUCUUCCAACCCCUCUCCUUAACCUUUCCCCACUUAUACUCCUGCUUUACCAAUCCCACUACUUUGGUCUCGCAACUCAUGCAGAACGGAUUGCUAGCUAACCUGCGAAAUUGCAUUACCGCGGUUGCCUCUGCCGAGCUAGCUGUUGUGUUGUCUUCGUUGCAGGAUUUCAACCACAACGCUGUGGCCGCUGACAGGUACCUCACUCACGGGCUUCCGUUCUCCAGCAAGAACAUCUACCAUCUCCUCAUUGGACAGCCCAACCAUGACAUUAAUGCCCGUCUCAUUCGGGCAACCCGUGUCCCCAUCAAGGCGCAGGUCUUCGGCUGGCUACUCUUCAAGGACUGCCUCAAUUCCAAGGUGACCUCUUCCACAAAACCAUCGUCCCCGACACCAUUUGCAUCAGAUGGGUGGAUUUGCAGCUGAGUUGCGAGGUGAUCCUGUGCAUGACUUGCAUCAAUGCUCCGUUCAGGUGCCCUCUGAAAACAUCAACAUCUUCCCGUGACUCAGCUUUAAAAUAAAUGUGAAGGCGCAAUUUCCAUUGGGGCUUUGCCAUGCAGCCAUCUAGAGAUCUAGAAGCUUGUCUUCUUUUCAUUCCGAGAUGAUUCUUGGUGCAAGCAUCAAAGAGACAUUGAUCUGUUAUGUCGCCAGGGAUAGCAGUAUCAUGCCAAGGCUUGUUUUUUUUUUUUUUGAACAGAGAGAGGCGUUCAUCUCAUAGACAUUGUACAGCAGUGAUUACAUAGCCCUGCGAGCAAAGAGUUUGGAAGAUGGACUCAACUGGACAGCAGCUAUUUCUAUGAGAAGAAUUAGUGCAAGUAAAGAUAGGCCUAGACAAAGAUUGUCUAAUUGCCUGAUGAGCACAGUUAUGCGCUACCCCAUUUAUAUCUCUUUUAAUAUGAUACACUGCAUGGGAUAGAAAUUGUAUUAUUUUGUGGAAAUCUGCAAUUUGCACUCUAAUCUCCCAAGGGACCUGCGGAUUCUGUAAAGAGGAGGCCACAACUGCUUUUGCCAAUGUCAAGCUGUCUGUUAAGAAUGUGACUUGUUGGAUCUGCAGUAAGCUGGCCACCUUCCCUGCUAAGUUGAGAGCUGCAGCUUCAGCUUGUAAGACAGUUGGAGUCACCGACAUGGAUGCUUGUAUCAACACAGUAUCAAUGUGAUGCAAAUUCUGAAGUUUACAAUACACUCCUAUUCCUGUCGCCUCUUGUGCUUGAGAUCCUGGAAUUUUCUUGAUUUUCCAUGCUGCAUCCGAGAAGAUCUUGGGGCUUGGUGAUCUGUCCAACUGAAGAAAUGCCAACGCAGUCGCAAAGCCUUGCUGGAUUUUCGGAGAUCCAGAAUACCUAGCGCUGAAGCUUGACCUACUACUUGUAUGAUGAUGUGAGGUGCAUAUGUUUUAGUUGGGCGACAUGGAGGAGUUUGAUUCUAGAGUGCCUAUUUGACUGGUGGUACUAGUGCAUUGAAGAACCAGUACACGCUAUUGUUCUACAACUAAGUAAAUCAAAAGUAUGCAGUAUUGUAUUUCUGGGGGAGAAAUUGAGCAUCAGUCUCUGCAGGAACGUCAGGGCAUAAGGAUGGAUGGGAUCGAAGGAUAAUUGGUGCGAUGGAUGGGAUCGAAGGAUAAUUGGUGCCACGGCUUUACUAAACACUGACAUCGGAGAUAAUAAAGUUGAGAGGGAUACAUCAGGGCAAUACAUUUCUGUAUCUGGGUAUAAUCAGAUGCAAAGUACCCUUGAGUCUUGUCCACUCUCCUAAAUGAAACUGGAAAUGUGUGAUAUAGGACCGAGCACACUUGGGGCUACAUCCACCCCUGAAGGUCCGACAGAGGGAAUGUGUGGUGGCAACAUGGGAGAUUGAAGCACAUGAAAAUGGUGUGUGCUUGCCUUGGGAUUACCAGGCUUAACGAAAUCCAAGUAGAAGCAACUUUCUACCCCAACUGUUUUUAGGAAUAUAGAUGUACUAAUACAGAUUUCUAGGCUUCGGUACCUGAUGUAAAUACACUGAGUAGUACCCUUUUCAAGAUGUAUUAACUGCUGA